GGCUGAAAGAGCAGUGGGAGGUGUUUUUGCAGUGGGAAAAGUGCAAGAGAAAGCAGACAGAGUCAUCAGUUAGAGCUGCUCGCAGGGUUUUAAGCUAUUUAAAGGGAGAUUAACCGGAGAACAUGAGGAACUUUCUCAUCGACCUGAUUCUCUUAUGGAUCGCCAGCCACGUGAGCGCGCGGACGGUGAACAACGCCACCGGUUUAUCGACAGGUGUGAACAUGACCGUUACAGAGAACGUGGAGGAUCAGAUAUCGGAGUCAGCGAUUAAAUCGAGGAGGAAGCGAUAUAUUUCUCAGAGCGAUAUGUUGGCCAUCGUUGAUUAUCACAAUCAGGUGCGAGCUCGAGUGUUUCCUCCAGCAGCUAACAUGGAGCACAUGGUGUGGGAUGAGUCUCUGGCACGUUCAGCAGAGUCCUGGGCUGCCACCUGUAUCUGGGAUCACGGACCUCCAUAUCUGCUCCGAUACCUCGGCCAAAAUCUCUCCGUCCGCUCGGGCAAUUACCGGUCAAUACUGCAGCUGGUGAAGCCCUGGUACGAUGAGGUGAAGGAUUACAUGUUCCCGUACCCGUAUGACUGCAACCCCACGUGCCCCAUGCGCUGUUUUGGCCCCAUGUGCACACAUUACACACAGAUGGUUUGGGGGACAACAAACCGAGUGGGCUGUGCAGUUCAGGUGUGUCACAACAUGGUGGUGUGGGGAUCCGUGUGGAGACAAGCAACCUACCUGGUCUGUGAUUAUUCCCCAAAGGGGAACUGGAUAGGUGAAGCGCCCUACAAAGUGGGCGUGCCGUGUUCAGCCUGUCCCCCGAGCUACGGAGGAUCGUGUAGGAACAACAUGUGCUUCCCGUCAGUUAACUCCAACUUCAUGUACUGGUUUAAGUGAGCUGCCAUACAGUAGCAGAGCAAACAUACACGCGUGUACUAUCAGUGUCUUUUGAUAAAUAUAUACGGUGAGUUUUGUACAGCAGCAGGAGAGUUUAUAUGAAUCACACGUACAAUUCCAGAAAUGGUGCUGAUGUUAAAAUGGUGCUGAUGUUAAAAACUUUUUUAUUACUACAGAUCAUCAUAUUGAUGCUCUUGAUAGUGCAAGUGUGUAGUCCUGUGUGGUCAAGGCUUGACAUAUCUAUAAAUUAUUCAGUCUGUUAUAGAUAUAUAUAUACUUAGACAUGAUUUCUGAAUUUGCAUAUUCAGAUGUCAUGAGCCACGAUCUGCCAUGUUAUAAUCUCAGUCUGUGUGUAGCUACAACAUGCAGUGGUUGUGGUUGUUUGUAAGCAUGUGCUAUAAACACUGUGUGUGUGUUACACUGAAAUACUACGUGACGGGGUGAUGUGAUGAAGCGAAGUUACUGCCACCACCCCGAAGAUUAUUGAUUAUUUUCCUAUAACAGCACGUCCCCAAGUGUUUUAUUCUUCUUACACUACAGCAAUUAGUCAACGAUUACAGUUUUUUUAGCUAUUAAUGAGUGACAGCAUACUUUUUUUCUGUUUAUAUAUACCUUUAAUGUUUUAGAACGUCCACAAAACAAGUUAGCUCCUGUUUUCACUUACGUUAUAGCAGCUAUAAACAGUCGUUCCAUCAUCAGCAUCUCUUUAUUCUGACAUUAAUAAAAUAAAAAAAGCACCACUUGUCAUGUUUAAGUCCAGAAAAAGCUGCUAUAUUUUUAUUACUCCUCCUGAGAAAUGGUGCUUCAUUGUUCAACCGGGUUAAACAUCUGGUCCACACACACACACACACGCUCACACACACAAACCUUCUGUUAUUUUUCAAAGUAGCAACUUUGUGGAUUUUUCUUUCUAUUAUUUAUUAUCACUAUUGUUUAGCGCCCUUGUCGACUUUUUUGCUAAUCCUGCUCUGUAUCUCAGAGGAGGCGUCAGACCCAGAAUAAAGCCAAAUCACUGCAAAUGUGGACAAACCAACAUGUUUUUAAAUUUGAAUAAAAGCAGUCUGGCAGCUUCGCACUCUUCUCAAACAUGUAAAAUGUUAUCAGGAGAAAAAACAGCCUCUUCCUGCAGGUUUUUUUGUUUUGUUUUUUAAAUCACUGAGGUACAGCGCCAUCAUCUGGACAGGAGGUGCACUGCUUUAAAUGUGUUCUGUUCAUUCACAACACACUUCAUGUGUGAUAGUGCUCAAUAGACUCAUCACUAGGCUGGACUGCACUGAAGAUGUAAAUAUUUUUGGAUUGAUUGUAUUCUUUUGUCCAUGUAUGAUUUGGAUAUUGUACUCAAUAAAGAGGUGCUGUGUUUGAGAAGAACGUAAACAUGACAGUGUUUGUGCUGGAGGUCUUAAACUUCUCCGACAUGUUGAUGAAGAUAAAUUGGGUGAAUAAAGCUGCUGCACAUCUGCACACGGUUCGAAUCAGACCCGAGAAAAUGAGAAACACCAAAUCAGCCAUGGGUUUGUUUUGGCCUUUACUUUUAUUUCUCUAACUUUAACAAACCUGCAGCGUUGGCAUGGGUUCUGAGGUGAUCGGAAAUUAAACAAUUACCCCCCCUUCCCUUUCGAAUAACAACAGCUCUAUUAACUCUAUUGGUUCAGCUUUCACAGAAUAUAUACAUAUGUAUAUAUAAAUAUAAUUUACGAACGAACUGAGGAACCUGGAAAGACCAAAGCCAUGUGUUUCUCCUCGCCAUGUUUUAGAACGGAAAUUACAUCAGCACACAAUGAAUUCUGGGUAGUGGUGGGAAUUCUGGCAUUAUGGGAAAGUUUUUCGAGCGAGUCGGAUCAUUUGGCUCAGCUCACCAAGAAGACUCGACUCUUUCGCCUCCCAUUUGACUCUCUCCUUUUUUAAAGGUAUUUUUCACCUGUGAUUGUUGUUCUUUGCUGAAUUAUGGCUGAGAUUGUUCCAUGAAAUCUUACUCUACCUUCUAAUUAACAAAAUACAUUAAAUAUAAUUAAAUCAGUGUUAACCUAAAUCAGCAAGGCACUACAAAUGCAUCCCUGCUUUAACAUUAUU